AUGGCGAUGCGGCGAAGUUUGGAGUACGCUGAUGAAGCAACAUGUAAUGAGAAUCUCACAGCCGUGUACAAUCUCAUUUGCUUUGAGGAAACCUUGUUUCUUCCCUCUCCUUCUCACUCUCGUAACAAGACACUACAGCCUGAUUAUGCGCAACUCAAGGCUCAUAUCAGUGGCCUCAGACAAAUGGUUGCUCUACGGGGUGACUCUCAAAUCUCUUUCCAUGAUCAGUUUCAGAGUGGUCUCACGUCAGGCAACACCGGGCUACAGAUGAAACUAGCACUGCCCAGAGGGUUGAUGAAGCAGAUCUACAGCUACCCAGAGUCUUCUUUCUUUUUUACCGAAUCGAAUCUCAAGGUCUCUGGCUGGUGCAGAACCGGCAUCCAUCACGGGCUCCGCGAGUUCUUGAUAACUGCCGACUGCCUCUUGAAGGACACAUCCGCUUGGCUUCUACAGCCCGAAAGCUACAAGUGGGAUUUGCUAGGUGUCCAAAGUUUAUACGGCUUGGCCAUUGAAAUGCUCCCACGAUGGCAGUACGAAACAUCCUCUGGAGCAACAAACGCGGAUCAGUUGGUAGCCUUGUUUACAGCAGUGCUCAUCUUCUUUAUCAGCAACAACGGGCAGCUCCUAGACCACAUCCCCAUGUCUCUGUCAAAUAUUCAGAAUCUAGUGUCCGAUUCAACAGUUUGGCCCACCAUGAGGGCAGCCGGACUGGAUCUAUGGUUGGCGUUUCUUCUUGUUCUAUCUUCAAGUCAUCAGGCUGCCUACAGAGAAUAUUUCUUCAGAAAACACCUCGACGCACUAGAGACCCAUAAUCCAAAAAUUCGCUCGGUUGAAGACUACGUCGAGAGUCUGCACAACACAUUGUGGCUCCCGCAACGUCUGGACAAGUAUGCACGGCAGUUGUGGUAUAGAACAAAGGGCACGACAGAACAGUAUUGA